AUGCACUCGGCGGAGAGCAUCUCUGGAGGUCCUUCUGGGCUGCUGGGGCGGCGCGCGCAGCGCAUGCACAAAGGGCGCCACAUCUUCUGUCGCGCGGCCUCCAUGGCGCGCAUCAGCGGCCGCGAGCGCGCAUCAUUGGUGCGGCGGGUCGGCGCGGCGGUGGAGCGCCACGCCCCGAAGAUCAUGAAAAUGUCGAUGCUCGUCGGCGCGAUGGCCUGCCUCGCGGGGACGCGCUCGUCGUCGUGCAUGCCGCGGCCCGUGGACCUCGACGAGACGCUGGAGCCGACCUUCACGGACGGCGCGCGCAAGUACUGGCACCUGCGGUUCACAUGUCCGUGCAGCGAGAAGACGGUGACCGUCCGGAAAUACCUCCGGAAGCUGUCCGACGGCGACGACGUGGAGAAGGAGAAGGAGGCGGCGCUGGAGCGGCUCUGGGCGGGGCUCAUCGAUGAGCACGGAGAACACCUGGGCCUCGGGGUCGUCGGCGGCGACGGCGCGAUGGACGAGGACGCGGCGCCCGAGGAGGCGGGGGUCCCAGCAGCAGCCCGCGGGCCCGUCGUUUCGAGCGACCGCAUCGACGAGGGCGUCGGCUCCAGCGACUCCAGCGACGAGGGCUGCGCGGGCUGCGCCAAGUGCGUGACGAAGGACGCGCUGCUCCGCGAGGCCGACAUGGAGAUUCAGAGCCUCCGCGCGAAGUUGUCGACGCCUGGGGCCGCGUGGGCCAAGACCGUCGAGGCGCUCCCGAACCGCACGCAGGGCAUGGCGAAGAAGGGUUUGGCGCUCAUGGCGCGCCUCGAGCCGACGAGCACGCCGCGCGCGAACGGCGGACCCGACGGUAGCGGAUCCGACGACGACUCCAGCGACGAUCCGGAGCCCCCCCGGCCGCGGCGCCGGGUCACAGCCGCUCGUGUCGACGAGCCAUCGGCGGGGCCGGCGACAGAGGCGAAGGCCCGUGACGUGAAUCCUGUGCUCGCGGCCCUCUUCGUGCACGGCGGAGGCGACCAGAGCCGGACCGCGGCGAUCCUCCAGGCCGUCGUCGCGCGAGCAGGGAAGCUGCUGCGACUGGACUUGAAGGAGAUCAAGGCCCUACGCGCCAUGGGCCGGGCGAUCAAGGGCUACUUCUCGCUCGCGGCCCUUCCGAACGGCGGGACGCGUCGGAAGUAUGCCCAGCAGAAGGUGGACGCGGUGAUGGAGGCUGUAACGCCGGCGGAUGGCGCUGCCAAGAACUUGCUCCGGGGCAUCUCGCGGGUCUGCUGCGGCGACAACGUGAGCCACAGCGUCAUCGGUCGCUUCUCGAACGCGGCGGAUCGACGGAAGCUACAAGACGACGCGGGCAAGCUCGCACGCCACCGCAUGCGGGCUCUGCGCUCUGAUCUCGUCGACCUCGCCUGUGCUCGUGAGUAUUGGCACCAGAACGACGACGUGCGACUCGACACUUUCGCGGGGAGGUGCACCAAGAAGGUGAAGAUCGUCACGGUCCAGGUCGACUCCGACGGGCGGAGGACGCUCGUCGUGAAGGAGGAGCACCACCAGCGCCACACGAAGCACGCGGGCGAUUUGGAGAUCUACCAGGCCUUCCUGAAGUCGGCGGGCUACGCCUCUCACCUCGCCGCCCAUCCCAGCCACAAGAUCUCCUUCACGCUCUUCAAGCGGGCCAAGUGCCCGUGCAUCGGCGAGCCGCACCAGCGCGAGUGCGCCGACGAGAUCAAGACCAGCAUGAGGGAACGACUGCUCGCUCUGAACCGCCUGCGCCUCUCGGACACUGACGUCGAGGUGAAGCUCCGCGAGUACCGGCUCCAGCCCCGGACGGUGAAAGGCGAAGACGACGAGGGCAACAGUAUCAGCUCCACCAUGGCCGUCAAGGAGCUCACGGAGGUCAUGGUCACGGGCAGCAAGGAGGACCGCCGCUGGAUCAAUGCGAACGCGCGGCGCGACGUCAUCAGCGUCCCCCAGCCCUACGACCUCUUCACAGCGGUCCGCGAUGGUCGGCCGAAGCCGAGCAUGGACUGGAACGCCUCACCUACGAUUCUGGCGAAGAAGUCGACGCUCUCCUUGGACAAGUACUUCUACCGGUUCAUCACGUGGACCCAGGACGACCCCAUCGGAGUCGACGACGACGACCCCUGCUCGUGCUCCAAGUGCCGCGUGAAGGACUACGACAACUGCCGCUACAAGGCGUGGACCGCGGCCCCCGAGAUGCGCCAGAGCGACGGCUGGACCCGCACGACCAUCAUCCUGAAGCCGCCCUCCGGCGAUGACCGCUCGAGCGCGCGCGUCAUCGCCCAGGGCCUGGCGGAGAAGGACGCUCGUCUCGCUGCCCUCGCUCCGAAGAUCCGCAAGGGCGAUGUGGUCGCCUUGGGCAUCUCUCAGAGCGAACGUGACGCCCAGGGCGUCGACUUCUACCUCGCCAAGGUCGUCGUGCCACCGGCGCGCGCGGACAACCAACGUCGGGUCAACGGCUCGGGGCGCGACGGCUGGAACAUCAAGAAGGGCGAGUUCUGCUUGACCGUGCGCUGGUUCGACCUGAAGCCGUGCGGCUACUACGAGGACUACGGGUCCCAGGACGAGCAGCUCCUCGAGAUGGUCAUCGCGGUCGGCGACGGCGCCGCGCUCGUGCUCGAGCCCGCCCCUCGGAAGGGCAGGGCGCGUGGGGCCCCGGCCCAGUUCCAGCUCGCCAAGGCGUCCGAAGCGGCCAUCCACAACGAGAACUUGGACAAGUACGUCGACCGGGCCGCGGCGGGCUCAUCUGCCUGA